GGGGAAAGUCCCACCAAGUCUGGCCACACCCUGGGCACAUCCCAGCCCACUUGUGCCAGGGCUCAGCAGCUGCACCCAGCACACUUGGGGACCUCAGCCCCAGGAGGUGGAAAUCCACUCUGCAAGACUCCCAGGCAGCCGCCUGCAGCCCUGCCCCGCCGCCUUCAGGCCCCUGCCCCCUCCAGCUGUCAGCAGCGCCCAGCCUCCACCCCCACAGCUACUGUUGCCAUGAGAACCCUGCGGGGCGGGCAGGAAGAGCGUGCCAGUGAAGGGGAGGAGGUGGCCAAGCUGGAGGCUCCUGUGCCUGGGAGCUUUGUGGUCCCAGGGUGUGGGGCAAUCACUGCAGUCCCCGAGCAGGUGCUGUGGCCCACAGCAAGCUUAGCCUGGCCCCUUAGCCCACAGCCCAUGAGGUCAGGGCCGGGUUCAGGGGUUCCCCUGGUGUGGGGAUGGGUCAACAGUACGUGAACUUGCCAGGAUCACACCAUGGACGGCUAUGUUGGGGUUCCAGUGGGCCCUGCUUUGAACGGCACAGAAUGGGGUAGGUCCUGCCCUUCAGAGCCAAGGGCAUCGGCUCCCCACCCCUCUGCCAAGCUAGAACGUUUCCAGGCCCAAUGCCUUGGGAAGGGGCUGGCAGAGUGGGACGAGGACAUUACCAGGCAGGUAUGGUAUGUCAUGUGCAGGCCUUCCCAGGCUGGCAGGGACACUGGAUGCAGGAGUGGCCUCACCCAGAGAGGAUGGCAUCCUGGGGACACCAAAGGCUGCAGGGGCCAUCUGGACCCAGGAGAUGCGAAUUCCAAGAUGCUCCUGACCAAUCUCUGCAGCCCAGGGCUUGGGCCCCUCCUCUCAGGCAAGUGUGUUGGGGUGACACUGGCGGGACUGGUACGCUGCUCCGGGCCACAGAGCUCCUGUUUAGACACUGAGGUCUGUGUCUUGGGGGUGCUGCAGGGACCCUGUGCUCUGCACAGCCCCAAAUUGGAGCCAGUGCAGCUCACCAUCCCCAGCUCCACGGUGCAGCCCCCACUGGGUGCGGCCCCUUUAAGUACAGCCCCUUCAGCUGCCAUCGGGGGCAGCACUGAGCAGCCAGGCCAGGAUCCGCGCUGCUGCCUGGAAGCUUCUGCCGGUGCCGGGGACGCAGCAGCGCCGGGGACACAGAGGAGCCGACCUGGGGGUGGCACGGCCCACCGGGGCACAGCCGGAGCAGCACCCAGAGCCCGCCUCCCGCAGUACAAGCGGCCGCCGGGUCGGGUGGGAGGAGGGGACUCCGGGACAAGGAACAUGGCGGCGGCGGACCUCGCUCACAUUCCUGAUGUGGACAUCGACUCCGACGGCGUCUUCAAGUAUGUGCUGAUCCGAGUCCACUCGGCUCCGCGCUCCGGGGCUCCGGCUGCAGAGAGCAAGGAGAUCGUGCGCGGCUACAAGUGGGCUGAGUACCAUGCGGACAUCUACGACAAAGUGUCGGGCGACAUGCAGAAGCAGGGCUGUGACUGUGAGUGUCUGGGCGGCGGGCGCAUCUCCCACCAGAGUCAGGACAAGAAGAUUCACGUGUACGGCUACUCCAUGCAGAUGAGACCCACGUGCGUCCCUCUGGGCGCCUCAGGCCCCAGGAUCCACCAUCAAGGCCUAUGGUCCUGCCCAGCACGCCAUUUCAACUGAGAAAAUCAAAGCCAAGUACCCCGACUAUGAGGUCACCUGGGCUAACGAUGGCUACUGAGCACUCCCAGCCCGGGGCCUGCUGCCUCCAGCAGCCACUUUGGAGCCCCCGCCUUUCCCUGCACUCCUCCUUCGGGGCUGGCCCUGCCUGCUCUUGCGGCAGCCCCUGAUGACGUACGUGCUGUCCACCAGGCCUUGGAGACAGGCUAGCCUGGCCACAGAAUUAAACGUGUUGCCACACC